GCAGGGAUAAGCCACAGAGCACGAGAAUGUGAUGUACACGUCGCAAAACGCCGCGUCACCGACUAAACAACUGAUGGUCGAUGAUAUAAGUCCGGGACAAGGUCUUGUGGAGACACUGUGUUCUAAUCACACCGUAACAAUAGUCUUGAUUUCUCUCCGUGUAUCUUUGUUGAGGAAGAGGUUUGCCGUUUUAAUAACGAUAUAACCUUGGAGCAAUGUAAGCCCUGGCCUCGUCACAGCACAAACUGUCAAAUUUCCUGUGUCGUGAUGAGAUGGCGUCUCCAGGAACUACCUCGUCAGAGAUGUUCACACCGGGAGUAGCCUCAAUUCUCACACCAGUGCAACGAGUCAUCCUCAGCAGCAUCAUGAUCUGCAUCUGCAUCGUGGGGCUCCUGGGCAACACAAUUGUUAUCUCAGCCGUCGCCCUGUCUAAGAAACUCAGGUGCGUUACCAACGUCUUCGUGGUGAACCUCGCUACGGCCGACCUGAUGACUUGCCUGAACAUCCCCUGGAUGGCCGUCGCUAGCCUAUCUGAAGGCGGCUGGACACUCCCCGAUUGGAUCUGCACCACCUGCGGGUUUGUGCUGAUGGUCUGCAUCGGCAGUAGCAUCUACACCCUGGCCUGCGUUGCAACCAUUCGCUGCGUGGUGAUCACGGGCCUGCCAGGCCGCUGCAAGACCCUGUACACUCCUCCCAAGAUCUGCGCGAUUCUCGUGCUCAUCUGGACAGUGCCUCUGGCCGUGGCGACCGUGCCCCUCGUGUCCAACUUCGGCAAACUUGGCUACGAUGUCAAGUAUAGUUCAUGCACCUGGGACACCAGCAACCCCAACUCAGAAAACUUCAGCAAACUGAUCUCCGGUGUUUUCUACCCGUUGCCCUUCGUCAUUAUCACCUACAGCUACUUCAAAAUCUACCGGCACGUUCGGCGUCACUCCCGGGCCGUGGCCUCCAUCUUAACCGUGAGUUCAUCUGUGGCGACCCAGCAGACCCAGGACGGGCACAACGCAACCGGGGAAAACCUCGCCGUGAUCCCAAACAACAACGGACGUCAAGGCAACAGUUUUCGAGAGAAACUGAACAAACGACAAGUGGAUGUGACCAAGAACAUGUUUUACAUCGUCUGCGCAUUUGUUCUGUGCAUAUCCCCAUACGGUUUCAGUCUUAUGUACAUUGACAGUGACCCUUUUAUACCGUAUGCAGGCAUGUUUUUACUUUGUAAUAGCUGUAUAAACCCUUUUAUCUACGCCACUAAGCACCCUGAUUUCAAGAAGGUUAUCCGACUCAUGCUAACUUGUAAAUUCUCCAAAAUAUAAUUAAAAAAGAAAAAAAUGAAAUCUGUUAUUGGGCCACAGUGUUUCAUAUUGCAAAGCUUAAGAGGGAAUGUUAUCUGCCCCACUUUGUGGACAACAUCCGUACCUUGUCAUUUUUCCCCUCAAGCUCUAAUCUGUGGCAAAAAAAUACGUUCAUAAAUCAAAGUGAAGUAGUGUACCGCGCUGUUCAUGAGGCUUUUCGGCCGGCUUGUAAAAGGACAGGGAAACAAAAGAUGCAUAGGAUAGAAAAGGCGUUGAAUUGUGACUCCACCUGGUGUAGCUAAAUUAAAUUAGUGAAUUUCCUGAAGCAAAACGUGACCGCACAAUCAUUGCUUUGGGAACACAAUUUCAGCCCUGAGCGAGGCAAAGUGGAAACCGACUCCCGACAUACCGUAUUUCUCUCUUACAUCAUAGCAACUCAUUUCCCUUCGUUUUUUUCCUUCCUCGCUUUUUUUUUUCAUUUUGAGUCUGUAUGACUCUUCUGGUGAUGCCGCAAGCGCUUUGACACCGAUUCUUGGAUUAAAAGCGGACUUCGCUAGUCACCCAGCGCCCGAGCAGGGCGCUGGGCCGGGAAGGGCUGAUGGCUUUGCACUGUGAUUGGCUACCAUGUGCACGACCUACGACCGCGAGGUUAUUUGAAGUUUCUGGUUGACCAAUAACAAUGCUGUGCCACAGGCCAAAAUGUCGGCUUAUAUCAUAAAAACAUGGCAUUGGCACAAUCACGGUAAUUUAUCUCCUUACUACAUGUAAGUACCACUGAUCACGUGUCUUUUUGGUGAUAUAUUUCAAAUCAUAGGCUACCUUCAUCAAUUUUGGAAGAACUAAUAAAGUGUAGUGAGAAUACUUUCAGCAAUGAGGAAGAAAAAGAAACAAUAUCGAAUUGAUAAUAGCCACAUUGCGCGUGCUCAAGCGCCUGGCAAAAAUUAUCCACAGUGCUCUACGAAACGUUAGCUGUGACCCGCGUGACGUAUAUCCAUGGUAUAUCCGUGCAAGGCCAUCAGUCCUUCUCAGCGCCUACUUCGGGCGCUGGGCGACAAGCGAAAAAGUGGACGUACGGUUCGCGCAAAAUGUCCAAUUUGGAACGCCGGAUGGCGAAAUGCCAAGUUUCUCCACUGCACACAGAAUGCAAAGACAGUCGCCGAGUGUGUACAUGUACUGUGAAAAAUAUGACAGAUUCCCAAAUCAUAUCGAUCGAAGCAUUGUGCACGAAAAAAAAGUUUCUUUUUUAAUC